CAGAGAAUAAACACAUUUUGUAAAACGUUAUUUAUUAAACAACACAAACACAUUAUCGCUUAUAAAAUAGAUUCACAUAUUUCCGAUAUUUCUACUAGUUGGAAAGUAUAUCGAUAUAUAACAAAAAUCACUGAAAAUGAAAUUCCAGUUCGAAUUCAUUCGAUCAGCAGCGCUGUUCUUUCUAUCGACACACGCAUUAACGAUAGAGAAGCGGCCAGAGUCGUCGCUUCUUUUGCCGGACACCACGCCGCUUGGCCGUGAGAAACGGGCAUCUGGAAAUGUUGUCCAAUUUUCAAUGGACAAUGAACUGAGCUCGAGCGUGGAUUGGAAAACGGUGGAUAUAGCUAAAGAUGACGUGUGUUACAAUUCACGUGCUAGCUUCCCAUGCGGAGAUAUAAACAAAUGUCCGACGGCGGUUGCCAGCGGUCAAGCGGUUCCAACAAACUAUCGGUCCACCUGCCCAUGGUACUACGAGGCCGAACACGAUCCCACCCGGUUCCCGACGACCAUAAUGCAGGCGCGAUCCCCAUGUAUCUACUGCAUUGGCUCUCCGAUCAAUGAGUGUGUACCCGUUUCUCAGAAUACAACGGUCUUACAGAAAUCCGCCUCCCCUUCACCUGACGGUAGCUACAUUUUUUACGAACGCCAGGUCACUGUGACAGUGGGAUUUACGUGUGCCGGGCCAAGAUUAGCUGAAAAUGCAGCAACCACCCAAGCGCUCACCAAAACCACCACCAAAGCGCCUGCAGAGGACAUUCCAUGGGCAAAAUAAGGCGGACCGGAAAUAUUAAACCCGUUCGAAUAAAACUCGUGCAUUAUAAUCUAGUCAAUCAUUUCAACACAUUAUUUGAAAUUAGGGGAACCGUAAUGAGAUUCCAUUUUACCCGUGAAGACAUAUCAUCAAGUAACAUUACGAUUGAAAACGUGGUGUGUAAAGACAGUGCGACAAAUGGGACCAACAAAGGACUUUUUUAGUCGCUUGAUAGGUUUGAAUUAUAAGCAAACUAUAAUUCCCUUUACUUAAUUCAUGUGUUGUUUUACAAGCGUGCGGUUGUUUAGUUGGCCUAUACAACGAAAUCAGUAUUAUGCAUUUUUACAUUAAUUGUUUACACAUUUCAAUGUUAUUUUAUUUUGCUCAUAGUUAUGCUCAUUCUCUUGCACGGUAUUUAUGAAGAAUUGGUUUACAAAUUACAUAUUAAAGUUACUCACUUGUAAAUAUUACAUUAUUAUUUAUUAUUUUUGUCAUUAUAAUGGUUAAAGUGAACA